AUGAGUACUGCUGCACGGGUGAUAUUUGCAACAAUGCUCAAUGUGGAGUUCUUAACUGGGAAUUUGGGGAAUGGAUUCAUAGCACUGAUGAACAUUAUGGACUGGGUCAAGAGAAGAAAGAUCUCUUCAGUGGAUCAGAUCCUCAUUGCUCUGGCCAUCUCCAGGAUCAUUGUGAUGUGGACAGCAUACAUAAUUGUAUCAAUAUUUUCAAUGUACCAUGAUUCAGAAGUGACUAUGAAAAGCGUAAGAAUUAGUAAUCUUAUCUGGGUAAUUUCAAACCAUUUAAGCAUCUGGCUGGCCACCAUUCUCAGCAUCUUUUAUUUUCUCAAGAUAGCCAAUUUUUCUUACUCUAUUUUCCUCUACCUAAGGUGGAGACUUACAAAGGUGGUUUCAGUGGCAUUGCUGAUUUCUCUGUUCCUCUUGUUUGUAAAUAUUUUAGUUACCAACAUAGACAUACAUAUUUGGAUGGAUCAUUUGAAAGCAAAUGUAUCUUACAGCUAUAAAUUAAAGAAUUUUACAGAAAUACCUAGACUUCUUGUAUUAACAAAUAUCAUGUUCACAUUAAUACCUUUCACUGUGUCCACAACAAUGUUUUUUCUGCUCAUCUUCUCCCUGUGGAAACAUCUGAAGAAGAUAAAGCACAUUGCCAAAAGCUCCCGAGAUGUCAGUACCACAGCUCACAUCACAGCCUUGAAAACUGUGUUUGCCUUCCUCCUGCUGUAUGUAAUUUUUACUUUCUCUCUUUUUACACAACUUUGGAGCUAUGACUUUAAAGAGAAAAAAAUUUUCCAAUAUUUUUAUGCUGUUGGUAUAAUUUCUUUUCCAUCACUUCAUUCGUGUGUCCUCAUUAUGGGAAACAGCAAGCUGAGGCAGACCUCUCUCCUGGUACUGUCCGUGUUAUGGUGCAAAAUCCAAAGAUGUGUACACUUGUGUCUCUAA